CGGACGGACCCAAAGUAAAUUCAAUAAUCAAAAAAUUACUGAAAUUGAAAAUGAAAACGAAACCGAUAAACUAAAAUAUGUAAUAAUCCAACAACAGCAAAGAAAAAUUUAAAAAUUCAAAAUUAAACUUCCGUUGUGGUAUAAAAUCAUUGUGUGCGCCAAGAAAAAGUAUCACAUUGCAUUCAAACAUUAAACAAUUAACAACUACUACUCCUCAGGACUUCUUACCAAAGUAGAAAACUCAAAAUGAAAAUAUUCGUUAUAUUGGCCUGCACAUUGGCAGUGGUUGCUGCCAGACCCGAACCACCCAAGAGUCGUUAUGGUCCACCACCAGCACCACAAAAGGAAUACUUGCCACCCACACCAGCCGAACAAUACGGACCUCCAGCCGCCCAACAGCAACCCGCUCAACCUUUACCCGUCUAUGGUCCACCAGCUCCCUUCUAUGGUCCUCCUGCCGAAGCUGUUGUUACCAAAAAUGUGUACGUUCAUGUGCCCCCAGAGGAGCCUGAGUCCUACCCAGCCCCCGCUCCCAUUCAAACUGCUGUACCCAAGAAGCACUACAAGAUCAUCUUCAUCAAGGCCCCCAACCCUCCCACACCAGUGCGUCAAGUUCUUCCUCCUCCAGUCCAAGAUGAACACAAGACUCUGGUCUAUGUUUUGGUGAAGAAACCCGAAGAACAACAACCUUUGGUCAUUCCCUCACCCGCUCCCACCGAGCCCAGCAAACCUGAGGUCUAUUUCAUCAAAUACAAGCAACAUCAAAAACCUGCCGAACAAUAUGGUCCUCCUGCCGCUCCCGCCUCCGAAUACGGACCACCAGCUGAAAAAUUCUAAAUAGUUAUUGGUAUUGUUUAGUUCUUCAUAACCUCACAUCCUCACUACAAUCAUUUCGUCACUCCAGCUGGAGUGUGUAAAUAUAUUCUGGUUGUAACGAAAUCAUAAUUUAAAAUUACGUCCAUCCAUUGUUAAUCAAUUGUUAUUUAGUACAAUGUUGUUAAGUUUGUUAAAUAGUUAAAACGAUUUUAUUAAUAAAAUAAAAAUAAAAUAAAUUAUUU